UGUCUCCUCCUAACUGUGACGGUGUUGCCUGCAUGUCUGCUGCCUGCUUUCUGUGUGGUGUGUUCAGCUAUCAUUGCGCAGCCGCAGCCCGGGGUGACGAAGAUGGUGAUCAUCAAGGAAUAUCGUGUAGUGUUGCCACUCUCUGUGGAAGAGUAUCAAAUAGGACAGUUGUACUCUGUGGCUGAGGCCAGCAAGAAUGAGACGGGAGGAGGAGAAGGCAUAGAGGUGCUGAAGAAUGAACCCUACGAGAAGGACGGAGAGAAGGGACAAUAUACACAUAAAGUAUACCAUCUAAAGAGUAAAAUCCCAAGCUUUGUGAAGUUGAUCGCACCAGAGGGAUCGUUUGUUUUUCAUGAAAAGGCCUGGAAUGCCUAUCCAUACUGUCGUACCAUCGUGACGAAUGAGUACAUGAAGGAUGAUUUUAUGAUAAAGAUUGAGACGUGGCACAAACCUGACAUGGGAACAACAGACAAUGUCCACGAUCUGGACACGCAGACAUGGCCGACUGUGGAUGUUGUGGACAUAGAUAUUGCAAACAACAACCAAGUGCAGGAGAGGGACUACAAGUCAGAAGAGGAUCCCACUGUCAUCCCCACCACCACUCCCUCCACUAAGAGGAGAGGACCCCUGAGCCCUGAGUGGAAGAAAGAGCUGAACGCAGACUGGCCUUACAUGUGCGCGUACAAACUGGUCACUGUCAAGUUCAAAUGGUGGGGUCUGCAGAACAAAGUGGAACACUUCAUCCAUGAGCAAGAGAGACGUAUUUUUACCAACUUCCACCGCCAGAUGAUCUGCUGGUUUGACAAAUGGAUGGAUUUUACCAUGGAGGACAUUAGGCGGAUGGAAGAGGAGACUCAAAAAGAACUUGAGGAGAUGCGGCAGAAGGGAGACGUGCGAGGCACUUGUCCAACGGAAGAGUAGAAGCCCGUCACUGUAGGUCAAACACUAGAGGCAGGCUGACUGCGUAACACAGGUCCAGUUCGAGGCACCACUGCUGCUCAUGAGCAAUGAGGCAAAUCAAACCAAACCCUGACCUGAUGACGUCAUCUGAGACACGCCCACCACGACAAGGAAGUGACCUCCACCCAAUCGCAAGCCUCCUGUUCACCCAGAAAAUCAUAGUUAAAAGAAAAGGAAAAAAAAAGAAAAAAAGAAGAAGAAUCCUGUUUUUUUGCAUACACAUAAAAAAAGGAAAAAAAAUGCACAUAAUGUAAAUUGCCUGAUAAUGUAAUUGUUAGUUGAUUAUUACAAUGGGCUAUGUUUUUAUUCAGGUGCGUCAACUGUAACUCAAAGUCGAGCCUUUUGAAUGGAUUUAGCUUUUAUGUCGACAGAUUCCCACGUUAAUUGGUAUAAGACGACUUUAGCAGGUUUUGAACCAUUUCUGCUCCUUUGUAUAAUAACUCUACUGAAACCCUCGUCUCCCUUCUCUGUGUUGUCUAUAUUCUUGUCUUGGUAAAAAAGAACAUUUGUCUAGAUCUCCUCCCCCUGCGUUUCACUGUCUUUGGCAGUUGGUCGGGAAUACUGAUCUGUUUUUUUUGUUUGUUUGUUUUUCUUCCCCUUUUCUUUUAGAAUUUUUAUAUUUCAGGUUAAACAAAGUCUGCUUUACGGUUUAAAGCAAAUAUGCUCAUGCAUGAACGGUUCUCUGCGGUUAGUUCCUCCUCCUCCUCCUCUUCCUCCCUCCCCCUCACGUGCAUGUGGACAUCAGCAGAAACCCCUCAGUGAGCUGCCGGUUGCAUGAGCGCAGUUGCUGCAGUGCAGCUGUUGAUCACAGAGUGUGUUUGUACUGCCAGUGAUUCUGUGCUCGUUCGCUGCAAUAACCAUACAGCAUCAUUAUUUCAGUUAUUAUUAAGUCAGAAAAACAUGUUUGCCGUUUGCUACCAGGUUAAAGUGUCAAGUAUUAAGUGUGACCUUCUCUUAAACCUGGAGUGGAGCCCGAGAUAAUGUUGUUUGUCGUACUUCAUGCAGCGCAGGCCCAGAGCCUAAGAUGAUUCAUUAAUACUUAAUCACCUCACUGCCCCAAAUAGUUGUACAAUUUGAACAUAUUAAAGGAAAUGGAGUCGAUACAUGUUUAGAUACAUGUUGACAUCUGAACAGUGUUGAGCUCGAGUCCUCUGCUUUUAUUUUGUAGGUGAUUGCUCAGUUAGUGCAUCUAUUACUAAAGUUUUAAAAACCAAAGUCAUUAACCUGCUUUACUGGUUUAGUUCAAGGUCAGUAUGACCACACCUAGUGCUUCACUAUGAAUACGAGGCCACGCCUGUGGUUUUGCUGCCCUCUAAGGUCAGUGUGCAGAACACCACUCUCAUUAAUGCAGUUCAAGUGUUACGUUGAUCACCGGCUACUCUGGGAUGGUGGCAAGGGGCCCCCAAUUCAAUCUCAGCUUAGGGCCCCAUAAAGGCUUGGGCCGGCCCUGACUGCUUGUCCAUUCACAUCAUUCCAUUCCAAAUGCUAAUGAUGACAGAAUUUGACAGAGAUAAGUCAACAAAUGUGGUGGAUCCCUGUGAUGAUGAUGAGUGUGUGUGUGUGUGUGUGUGUGUUGAUGUGUGCACAAGUCACAGUAGUUAACCUUUCUUUUUUUCUCGCGCUCACAGUUGGAACACUGGUGUGGAUGUUUGUCACAGCUUCUGAGAGACGAGCAUUUUAGGUGUUUUUAGGCUGUAUUAUUUAUUCUCAUCCAUGUUUUAUUUGCAUAAAACAAAGAGUGUAAGGUUGUGCUGAACUUGUUAAACUGCUUUACCAACAGACUGAAUGAAUGAGACUUGAUCUGUUUUUAUUUCCACCGCGUCGCUUCUUUCUUUGGGGGCUGCAUUGACUUGACUUUUAAAGGUCGAAGUUGCUGAGUUUACGACUCUACUUUUAAUCUUGUGCGGCUACUUUUGGCCUCUCUGAAAACUGUUUUGUGAUGUUUUAUAUGAUCAGAUAGCUGUGGGACAUCUCUGAAGUCAGGCGUGUGUGUGUGUGUGUGUGUGUGUGUGUGUGUGUGCACGUUGGACAGGUGUUCAUUGUAAUAGAAAUAAACAAAGCACAUCCAGACACUGGAUUGAAUUGGAGGUUCACACGUCUUUACUGUAACUGCUGAAAGGAAGUUUGUGGUGUUGUCACGUGAGGGGAUGACAGCGGGCAGUCCGUAUGUUUCCAUGCUUUGACUUUUAAUGAAUCUACUUCUUUGUCCCUAAACACAAGCACUAGUGGGGACUUGGUUUAUUGAAGGAAGUGUGUCUGCCUCCACUACACUAGGGGUCAGUUUGCAUCCAUGAACUUAAAAAUACCCACUUUUUAAGCUCAUGGUGGAACAUUGUCAGUCCAAAGUCUGAACCUGCCUGAAUGUCACCAUGUUGUUGUUCCAGCUUUGUUAUUAUUUAUUGGUGUUAGCCGUGCAUUGGAAAUGUGGAGCAUGUCGAAGUAGCUCGACUUUCAAUCACAUUAUCUGGGUGUUUUAGCCUGAUUGUUUUGAAUUUAGCACAAUGUCAGUCAGAAUAACAUAUUUACAUGUGUUUUUAAGUCAAAUAUUUAUUAUUAUUACUUCUAACAACAGUGUUACAGUCGCACCAGAGUCUGACUCGAGUGAAGUAAUAACAGCAGACUAUAGUAGCGAUGUUUACAUGUGCAAAGUUCCCAGACGAUUUGCUCCAACUGGAAUUUACAAUUCUGUUGUUUACAUGGACGUGAAAUGAUGUCAUCAGAUUGUGGUGUGUACACACACAUCAAGUGUUGUCUAAUUCUCCAGCACUAGAAGCAGCAGAAGAAGAAGAAGCUUCACUUCGGAAAUACAGAAACAUGGAAACAUGAAACACAGGCCAACGCUGUCGUUCAGAAUGAAAUGUGUUUUUAAAAACACAGCUGGUGACGUUCAGGCUGGUGGAUUGUUGUGAGAGAAGUUCAUGUUAGGAAGACAUGGACAGGAAGUGGAAGUGGAUUAAACUCGUUAAGUCAGUUGACGACAUGCACGGUCACUAUUUCCAGUCAGCUGUCGCCAAAGAUGCAGGAGUUCUACAGAAAUGAGGACAUACUAGAGAAUCUAGAGAUGCUGCAGGGUCGUCCCCUCAUGAAGCUGAAAUGCAAACACCUUUUUUUUUAUUUAAGCCAUGUUGAAUCCCUCAGGGCUAACUACUGAACGACAGUGUUAACGUCUUCGAUCGAUAUCAGAUGUUUUACUCUUAGUCACAACUAAGAGCAGGAAUUUGGAAGUGGCACACUAGUGCUUGUGUAUUGGGACAAGGACAGUCUGGUUCAGCUAAGUAGUCGAGCAACAACUGUAGCUGUGCAUGGAAAUGUACUGUGGUUGUGUGUGUGUGUGUGUGUGUGUGAAAUGGACCAAACUUAGCCACCUGUUGUCGCUCAAACUAUACCGUAGUUUAACUGAACCUCAUCUGUGCAGACCAGUGUACGGCUGCGGACGUGUUUCACAAGCAUGACAUGGAGCCAUUGCUGCAGCAUCAUUAUCCAGUACAUGAGACCAUUUAUUCAUUUACUAACAAACUAGGUUUAAUCUGCAUGCUCAACACGUGAAUAUCCUUUACAUCCCCCCCCCUUCUUUUAAAAAAAAGAAAGGGGGGGAUGUAACGGUGUCAUUCUCCCCCCAGUUUCUGUUUGAUUUGUAAGCUUUUAUAAGUUCUUGAACUGCAUCAGUUGAAGAUUCAAUGAAAGGUCAGAUCGAUGCAGCCUGACCUUGUGUCUUCUGAUGGAGUGAAAAUCACCGUGUGUGCAAGACUUGAGCGGUGAGAAGAGACUGAGUGAUGCACAGUGGUUUGACCGUGAGGGGAGGUAUUAGAAGUUUAGAGAGCAGACCCCGCCCCCAAUCCAAAAUACUGUUUUCUUUAUUGCAAUCAUGAAGAAGCACUUGCAAAAUCUACUGUCAUUUUUUUUAUGUUUCCAAAAAAAGAUUCACAAUGUAUUAAAUUUUCUCUUUUCUGAUAUGGCAAAAUUCAGGGGAAAAAGUAGUGAAUGUAAAACAGUCAUUUCUUUGUUGUUUUUUCACAGCUGUUGCGCUGUGACAGAAGGUCUAGACAAUGGAACAUAACAGAAUAUCUAAUAAAUUUGAACAAAUAAGA